AUGUCUAAUGUUUACGCGUUUAAUUUCAUAGAACUAAGAAAAAUUAUUAAGCAGGGUGUAAAGCGUGAGACUCGCACUACGAAUUCGACGCUGAGAUGGCCAAAUAAUGCACACGGGUACAUUGUUCAUGUGUUAAGACGAAACAGUUACCAAAAGACCCAAGAUUUUUAUGUCAACACUGUCGACAAAAUCACGUCCGUUUUGGUAGCCUUUUCAUUUCAACACAUGAACAGUACCAGUUUACGCAGCCAUCACACUGCACCCCCGAAGUACGAGUUUAAUGGUCUCUUCCAGAGUGAUGUCUACAAACAACACAAACAUACAAAUUUUGUCCAAUUGACCACAUCUUAUUUUCUAAUUUUGUCCAUGCUUCAUUGGAAAAAUAUUGUUUCAAGGUGGACAUAUGUUGGACAGCACGGUCAUCUGUGCAUCUUGGAUAAAUUAUUUCUUUAA